CAUCAGAUGCGAAGAAUCAAUAUUAAGCAAUAGUGAUUAUAAAAAUAUGAAUCAAAAAGAUAAUAUAGAUAAGGAGGGCAUAGAAGGGGAUGAGGAAGAAAAUUUUGUUCCUACUGGGGAAUCUGCAAAUGGAUUCCCAGAAAUAUCUUUAGAAUUGUCGAAUACACAUUAUAAGGAGUUAUUGGAGACAUUACCAAAACCGUAUUCAGAAAAAAAUGAUAAUGAUGAACCGGAAUUUACCUUUGAUUUUGAAAAAAAAAUAGAAAAUCUGCUGCCUAUGAAUAAUGAGAUUCUGGAUAAAAAAUAUACCAUUGUUGAAACUUCAAAUAAACAAAUAUCUGGGUUAAAUAUCCAGGAACAUGUUCCCAGCGUGAUAAACAACAAAAAUGACUAUUCUUUUGCCAACAUGAAUCAGGAUUCAUCAUAUAAAACAAAGAUACAGCCAUUAGAUAAUGACCAAGUGAACCCAGAAAAACAUAGUCCAGUAUUUCAUGAUAUCGACAUAUCUUUACUUUCUAAAACAAUUCAGGAGACAAUCCAACAAAACUGCCAGUUGCUUUCCGAUGCACCUAAUCCCAUUCCCAGCAGCCUCGAUCUUCAAAAACUCCUGGCGAGCUUAUCUCCUGUCCCUAAGACAGACCCACAGUCAGUUACAUUCCAGACAACUGCAAAUAAUCCACUCUCUCCGGAUAUCUUAAAAGCCUUAAAUUCUGUUUCUUCUAUAACCGAUACCAAUUCUGUUAAUUCUUCAUUGAUACAAUAUCCCAAUCACAAAAAUGCUAAUAGUAAUCAUGAUGCUCCAUGUACUCCACAAGAAGACGCCUUAUUUCAGAAAUUUCUUGUAGAUGAAAAACAGAUUAUGUCAAAUACAUCACCACAUGAAUUUCCAUCAGGAUCUCGGAUGUUUAUAGGUAAUUUGCCGACUGAAAAAGUAACAAAAAAAGAUGUUUUUCGUAUUUUUCAUCAAUAUGGACGAUUAGGUCAAAUUGCAUUGAAGCAAGCCUAUGGCUUUGUUCAGUUUUUUUCAUCAGAAGAAUGCCAGAAUGCAAUUAAUGGUGAACAGGGAACUAUGAUUCGCGGGAGAAAGAUGCAUUUAGAAGUUUCAAAACCACAAAAACAUAAAAUUCCUCCUUCUAAUGAUAAAAAAAACUAUCGAGCCAGAUCACGAUCUCCGGAUAUAAGAGAUCGGUCUCCAGCACGUGGAAGAAGUAGAAAUCAUGGACGUGGGAAUCAUGGAUAUGGCAUUUUAUAUGAUCGUGAUAAUAAAAAAGAUCGAUAUAGCUCAAGAGAUGAAUUUAGCAAACGACCAUCAUCUCAAUCUCGAUAUCAUAGAGAUCGAGGAAUUGAUUAUGGAAAAGAUUACAGAUCUGCUUCUCCUGAUCGAUUUCGCAAUUAUUCACAUCAGCAAAUAGAUAAUUUUCCUCUUCCUCGCCGAUAUGGUAAUAACGUUCCAGAAUGCCAAAUUAUUAUUACAGAUGAUACUGACAGGAGUUUUAUUUAUUUUGUUGAAAAGGCUUUUAAAGAGAAAGGUUUUCGUAUAGAUACAUUGUUUUUAUCACCAAGAUUACCAUUGCCUUCUGUUGUUCAACAAAUGAUUAUCGAAGGGAUAAUGGCUAUAAUAUUUCUUAAUAGGCAAUUACAAUCUCAAUCUAAAAUUUCAAUGCAAAUCUUUGAUCGAAAAGCUGAUAGCUCUGAUGUAAAAUUUGACGAAUACGCAAAUAUUGAUGUUCAUGUUGCAGUAGCAUUAGCUCUCCGCAAAAAACAGUCCAUUCUACAAUUAACAAAUGCAUAUGGAAUGUCGAAUUAUAAUAAUACUAGUUUUCAAUCUCAAAAUACACCUUCAUUUGGCAUAGCAAAUUCGGACUUAGCAAAUUUAAUUGGAUCUCUUGAUCCGACAACUCUUCAAAAGGUUAUUGGAGCAUUAACACAAUCAUCUCAGCAAUUGACACCUCAAAUACAGCAUAUGCCUUAUACAUCUUCUCUACAAAUUCCGUAUCAAGGAUCUUCUACCAACCAAAAUUAUCAAAUAAAUCAGGGAAUUGUGCCUUUAAUAACAUCUACAAUAUCUCCGCAAGGACAACAACCUGCUCAGCAAGUCCAGGAUAUUUUAGGACAAUUAGCAAAACUUCAAGGACAACAGAGAUAGAAUUUAGUGUCAAUUUAUGAUCAAAAUAACCAUAUUUUUAUAGAUA